AAUGACGCUAAAAUAGUAUUUUUGGCGUCUUUCUUUAAAACAAACUCUCUUUGUAGAAAUUUUAUAAGAUUUUAUUAAUUAUAAUUAAUUAUGCACAAAGUAACUUAAAAUCACACAAAGAAACAAGAUUUUAUUAAUUAUAAGAAUACAGACCAACUUUAAAAUAAAGUCUAUAGGAAUUUUAAAACUAAAACACCAUGACCACUAAAAAUAUUCCUGUAUCGUUUGAAUUUUUCAAAAAAUACACCUACCAUGAAGAAUGGGUUGAAAGGAUGUUAAAAGUCAAGGCGAAUGGCCACCAAGAAACCUACGAAGCUCUGUUAAAUAGCGAGGAAUCAAAGGAGAAAGCCUUGAGAUCAUAUUAUGAAGCGUUCUAUUUAAAACCACAAAUUAGAGAAAAAUCUCACAUACGUUUAAAGGCAGUACCUAAGAAAAUUAAAGAUAAAUUAUUAGCAAUACCAAUGCAGGACGCUAGUAUGGAAAAUUAUGAGAAGGUUUGUGAUAACAAUUCCAAUGAAUUAGUGCAAGAUGCAAUUGGCGAAAUUGCAGUUGCAGAACAGUUGAAGAUAGGAGAAUGCAGUAUAUCUAAAAAUGAAGAACAGAAACAACGCAUUUUAAUGACUGCAAAAGAUGUUCGUGAUGUAGAUGAUGGACAGGUGGUGGAAGAUGAUAGUGAACCACUUGGUUCACCAGAUGUUAGUUCAAUCCCAAAGCUAGCAAAUGCCAAAGUCAAUUCACCUGUUAAAAUACAAUGCAAAGAACUGCCUUUAACUCUUCCAACCAAAGCUUUAACUUCUUCGGACGGCAACAUUAAAACAAAUUCAAAACCGGUCAUUGGAAAAAUAAUUGAACAACAAACUGCUGUUACAACUAAAGUUUUAACUGAUAAACAAGCCGAACUAAUGGAAACUAACAACAAUAAUAAUAAACCAGAAAUGGCCAAUACAGAAACCAACAAAUCCCUUCCCAUUUUUAAUGCUGAUAACGCGAAACAUUUUAACUAUAAAGACUUGGUACCCUAUAUACAUUGUUGUCCCUUGACGUUAAAGGAAUUUCGUAAAUAUAGUAAUAUCAGACAAUUGACCAAAGAAUUAUGUAAAACAAAACAUAUGGAUGAUAAACAUCAACGUGUAAUAGAACAACGUUCGUAUAUAUUAUUUUAUUUAGCACCUGAACAUCGAAAAAUUACACCACUUAAUAAAAUACAAAUGUUAGACAAUUGUCCGGAAUAUAUAAAAAGUAAAUUCUUUGUAAUUCCCACAAAUCUUUACCUAAAGAAACAGGAUGCAGAUAAAAUCCAGGAAAAUAUAGAAUCUAAAAAUGUUUACGAAACGGAAAGUGUUGGAAAUAAGGAGGAACAUCUAAGAGCAACAGUUACAAAAGCUGUAACUAGUAAGGAGACAACAGAAGACGUAGUAGAACAUAAUAUUAAUGAAAUUGCAACAACAGAAGAUGUUACUCCUAUAGUGGUAGCGGAAAAUCAACAAUUAAUGCCAAAAGACAUUAAUAAAACAAAUGAACAAACAAUUAUAUCCUGUUCUACAACUCACCCAACUAAUGAGAUUAAAAAUUUACCAGUUUCUUUAGAGGAAUUUAAAAAACUUACACAUUUCGAUGAAGUUGUGGAGAAAUUAUUUAAAAUUAAAGCUCAAGAUAAUGAAGAACUUUUUAAUAAAUAUAAAAAUUCUCAGGAAGCUUUUAACACUACUGCUUUUAAUUAUUAUCAAGCUUUCUAUUUAAUACCCAUCAUACGAGAAACGUUUCCUAUACGUUUUAAACCUAUGCCAAGUUCUUUAAAAAAUCGUUUAUUACAAAUACCUAAAGGUAUAGAUAAGACAACACUGAAUAAUUUUAGAAUAGAGGAACUUGUUUCGGUGGAAUUUAAUGCAGAUGUUGAGGUUGAAAAGGAGGCAGUAACUGCUAGUCGAGAAGAGGUUACGAAAGCUUCAAACAACUCUAAUACAUCUCAAACAUCCCCUACAAACACAUCUACGAUCACCAUAAAAACAGAAAAGGAUACAGAAAGUUCAGAUUCAGAUAACAAAACAAAUUCACUUUCUGCUGGUAGCUUAAAGAGGAACACAACUGAGGAUAUGAAAUGUCCUUUGCGAAAACGUCAAAAAACACAACAAACUCAAGAUUAUGAGGAAAAUACUCAAAAAACUAAAAAAUCUUAUAAAGAACUAUUACCCUAUGCCCACUGUUGUCCCGUAACAUUUUCAGAUUUUCGCAAAUAUACCAAUGUUUCGGAAUUAUUUGCUGGCUAUUGUCAAAAACGUUAUAAUAGUCUUAAAAAAUUACCCUAUAUGUUACAACGUGCUUAUGUUCUCUAUUAUUUAGCUCCGGAAAAUAGACAAUUUAAACCUUUUAGCAAGUUAAUAACUUUAGAUGAAUGUCCGGCAGAUUUAAGGGAGAAAAUGCAUCAAAUACCAGAAAAACUCUACUUAAAAGGACAAAAUGCUACAGAACAAAUGGACAUAGAUGAAAUGCAAACUGAAACGUUUAAAGAAAAUCAAUCUGAAAAUUUAAAUCCCCAACAAACAGCUUCAACAAAUGCUAAAAAUAAACGAAAUAGUAUAGAGAUAUUAGAAAAUCGUUUAUUGCCUCCCACACAUAUACCAUUUACAGGACAAGUUAAUGUGGUCAGUCAAUGUCUAAAUAACAAUUGCGUUUUCCAUUACAUCACCCAUGUAGACUUUAUUCAGUUGUCAAAUAUUUUAUACAUAUUACCUGAACCAUCUGAAAUUGCAAUAAUACAAAGUUUUAAAAAAUUUGUUUAUCGUUUACUCAAAGAGAAAAGUUGCGAAAUAGAGUACAAUAUUAGCGCAUCCUUAUUGUGUAAACUUUUUAAAUAUAAUAAAAUGUGUGAAAUAUGUGAAAAAGAUGUAAUGGCUCUUUUUAAGCAGGAUUCACUAACAGCAUGCAAUGAAUCGGCAAAUGAGAAUAGUCUUACACAUGCUGCCAACAAUGUAACUGUCAAUGAAAGAAUGGAUUCGAGCAAUGAAAGAAUGCAAACAAACCAGGAAGCCACAACAGUUGAAACGGAUUCAAGGCAAUCUCAGGCAGUUCAUAAAAGUUCAAACACUUGUUCCACGGAAAGUGACACGAAAAGCGGUCAAAGUCCGAUACAAGACACACCUCAGAUACAAGAAAAAUCACAAAAUUUAUGGAAAAAUUUAAAGUCCGAAAAAAUUUUUCAAAAGUUUUGUCACAAACUUUUAACUAAACUUAAACAAAGCUUUGAUAAUGCCAUAGAUUUUUCUUCUGAUACUUAUGAAAUCUUUUUGCAAUGUAAUGAAAUUCCUAUGGAAAAACUUUUAAAUGAUUUUUGCUUAAACAACAAAGAUAUUGUGGAACGUAUAUUAAAUAAUAAAGAAUUAUAUGAAGCAUUGCAAUGUUAUUUUUACUACAAAUAUUUAACGAAUACAAAUUUCGCCUUAAAAUAUCCGGUGACAAUAAAGGAAAAUGCUAAAGAAACUCAAGGCGAUAAAAGCAAUACAACGAUAACGGAGCCAAAUAAGGAAAAAACACCUCUUAAAACAAAUGGAUUUAAGAACACAACUCCUAAAGCUACUGAAAAACAAAAUAAUAUUGUUAAUCAAGAAACAAAAUCACCAGAAAAACCAACAAACAAUAAUAAUAUAAUAGAAAAAGCCAAACGUAUAUUCUUUCGCAAUGUGGAAAAGACCAAUACUCUCUCCUAUAUACUAUGCACUUCAUUUGGUCUUAAACAAUUGAUUUUGCGCACCAUUUUAUCGUUAACAUUUCAAGAAUUCCUACAACUCACCAGUAUUUACGAAGGCAAACAAUUGUAUAACGAUAAACAUUUAACCGAAUGUAUGUAUCGUUAUGUCUUUGAUACUCCCGUAGUAUGGCCUACGAAUCUCUUUAUAACCCUUAAAGAUUUGUGUGAAUUUUUGCAUAUGAAAAAUAUACGUUUCACUGAUUAUUCCACUAUGUUAAAGUAUAUUUCACCAAAAUUAUUACACUGGUCUGUUCUGUUGUCGUGUACGAAUAUUUUGGAUUGCGUUAAAAUUGAUUAUGAAAAGCGUUCGGGAAAAUUACUAGAUACUGAUGAUAUUAAAACGUUAAAACAGGAAUGUAUUGAAUAUUAUAAUCGUUGUUGGAAAUAUGAAAAAUGGCUGGGAGGAGUACCUUUGGUUAAUGAGGAGUUUUAUAAGGAUUAUUUAAUUAGUAAUGAUCAAGGUGAUGCCACUAUGUUAGAUGAAUCAGCUCUGCAAGAAAUUUGUGUAGAGCCCGACGAAGUUUCAGAUGAUGUUGCAUUGAUUAAUAAUGAUACAGAAGAAUUAGAACCAGAUGAUUCAUAUCAAAAUAAAAGUUUAGAUCCGAAUUCUGCAGCAGAAAUUCGAGACGAAAUACCAACGGUAAUAAACCCAUCUCAAAAUCAAUCUAUAAAAGAAUUUAAUUGUGUUCUACUACCCAACACACAACAACAAAUUGAAAUGCUACCGGCGGAAGCAAGAGUUUCAAAUGAUCCCCUAAAUAACAGUAACAAUGGAAACACAUUAAAUGUAACUUCUUCAACUAAUAGUGAAAAUUAUGAAGUCGUAUGUUUGGGUGAACUUAUCGCUAAUGACAUAAAAUCUGAGCCAAAUAAUAGUAAAUUAUUAACUGAUUUAAUAUUCUACGAGGAUGAGAACAGUAAUAUGCAAUGUGAGCCCUUUUUGCAGGAGAUAGUUAAUUUAGAUGAUUCAACAACAGAAGUUGGUGAAAAUUUACCACCUUCUCAAAUAGAAUUUAGCGAUGCCGUACCAGAACUUAUGUUAUCCACAGAUUUGGCAAAUAGUGAAAGUAGUAAUUCUAUUAUGAAUUUGGCGCAACGUCUGCCAAGUUCGGCAGAAUCGUAUAAUGAAAUUCCAGUAACUCAACAGCAAUUUGUACAGGAACAACAGAAUGCACCCGUAAUACAAAUGAUUAAUGUUAGCUUAAGAAGUAGCGGUGAGAAUGGAAGUCAAGAAAAGCAACAACAGGAAAUGAAUUUAAAAGAUAGCGCAAGAGAAUUAGAAAUAAUAAAAGUAAAUAGUCAAGAAUUUGAAUUAUUACAAACAUCUUUGCAAAGUUUUGCAGUAUAUGCUGAGGCUCAACGUUUUCCUAGUACCUUUGAAGAAACACCAACUUGUAGUGGUUCGUUAAGGGCAGAACCAACAACUUCAAUUGUAUUACAGCCGGAGCUAAUUGAGUCAACCUCAAAUAUGGAACAUUUAAAUGUACCUUUGCCUUCUAAUGAAAUACCACAAGAAGCAGCUACUUUAAAUGCUUCACAACCAUCAACACAACCCACUACUUCUCUACCCAAACGUCGGGGGUUUGAAAAGACUUAUGCCAGAGUAAAAAAUGGCAAAAGCGUGGCAACAGUUAGACCUAUAAAAAAUUCCAAUUUUGUACCACAAAUUCAACAUAAUACCCGUCCUUUGCAAACCAAACCGGCCUAUGCACCUACAACAGCUUCUGAAACUACAACUAUUUCAGAACAACCUCCCUGCUCAAGUUUAACUCCUAUAGAGGAGGACAAUGCAGUAACAAAUGAGCAAUCUGUGGAUAAUCUACCACCUGUUGGUACCACUAUACAAAUUUCUCAAGAAUUCCAAAAAAAUUGUUCAGUUUUUAAUAAUACUUCACUCUUGAGACUUGUUGAUCAUAAUUAUCAAAAACAAAGUCAAACAAGUUUAUCAUCAUCAUUACCCUCAACACAAACACAAAACGAAGGGAAUCAUCAGCAGUUGCAGACCUUUUCUUUAACAUUGACACAAACUGAACAUAAAGAAGCAACAGAAAGUCAAAAACAACAGCCUGCUCGGAGAUCUACAAGAAGAAGUUCUAUGUUAGGUUCACAGCCUACUAAUCCACCACAAAAUACUGUCAGCACCACCACCACGACUUCUAAUCAAAUAAAUCCUCCUGCCUCUCCCACAAGAGCAACACGUAGUAGAAGUAGUUUAUGCAAAGAUGCCAAUGAUAAGAAUUUUUAUAUACGUAUUAGAAAACUUUAAAUUAUACUUUUAAAGGUUUUAUAUUGGCUAUUAUAUUGUUAUUGUUUACACAUUCAAUUAACAACUUUUAUUGAUUUAAAAAAUGGGGCUUACUUGCUGCUAAAAUUCCCUAACACGUUUAAUUGCUUUAUUUUCGCAAUAAAAUGAUGAUUAUAAUAAACGGUAACAAUUACAUAUAUAUUAAUUUCUACAAAAUUGUUUAAUGAACUAAGUAUUAAUUUCUACAGUUUUUUUAGGUUAGGAUUAAUUUUCAACAUUUAAAAUUUUAUCAGUUUCUUAGUUCGUAAUCAUUAUGAUUUAUUGUAAAGCACUUAUUAAAACCCUUAUUUAAAUAAAUUUAAAUUUUCUUUGCUUGAGUGAUUAAAGUUUUUUCAAAACAAAAGAUUAA